UUACGUCCCUUAGUAGUUAAAAAUGGCUGCUCUUUCAAGAAGAAUGUUGAUGACUCAAAUAUAGAACCGAACGACAUGACCUAUUUCUGCGUUAUUGCUGCAAGUUAUGGGUUAAAAUCUCGACAGUUGGAUAACUACUAAAUUCAAGAAAAUUAGAAAUGGCUGCGGACAGUCGCAGUCCAUCUGCUAAAGUCCCCAUGCGAGAUGGUAAAGAAAAAGGACAAGUGAGCAGAAUCAAGAAACUCAAGAGAAGAAUAUCAGCAAGUUUUGGCAAACUUUCUCUAACCAAGGAAGAUACAAUACAUGAAAGCGACCAGGAGUCAGACCCUGGCUCUCUGAGUAAUGGCUACUCCUCCCGUGACGAAUCUCUCUCCCCUGCUGAUCUCCCCAUCCUGAACGGCAGCGGCCAUACAGCCACCAACGGCAGCGGCAACUGGCGAGACGUCGGCCGGGGACACUCAAAGUCAGCUGUGGUUCCCCGCAUGUCAACUUCUGUCUCAGGCAAACGUCACACCCCUGUUAAGCGACACCACUCAGCAGGCGACAUGUUGGUGACCAAUUUCCCCACUAGUGAAAGCGACCGACUCCAGAGGCCCAAGUCUGAAGGCCACGCCUACUGUCGCCAGUUCCUCUCCAAGCGGACCUCCAGUUAUGGGGGACAGUCUCCGUUUGGCCGAGCAGACUCCUACCAUAAACUGGAGCAGCUCGGUGAGGGCUCGUAUGCCACCGUUUACAAAGGUAUUAGCAGCCUCAACAAUCAGGUGGUGGCACUGAAAGAGAUACGUCUUCAGGAAGAAGAGGGUGCACCUUUCACUGCAAUAAGAGAAGCGUCUUUGCUGAAGGGUUUACGCCACACCAACAUCGUUACUCUCCAUGACAUCAUUCACACCAAGGAAACACUCACUUUUGUAUUUGAAUAUGUGCAUACAGAUCUAAGUCAAUAUUUAGAAAAGCACCAGGGUGGCUUAAACCCAUUCAAUGUGAAGCUGUUUUUGUUCCAACUGCUGCGUGGUUUGUCCUACUGCCAUGAAAGGAGGAUUCUACACAGGGAUCUUAAGCCCCAGAAUCUUCUUAUCAGUGAGAUGGGAGAUCUCAAACUAGCUGACUUUGGCCUAGCACGAGCAAAGUCCAUUCCUAGUCGAACCUAUUCCCACGAAGUGGUGACCUUGUGGUACCGCCCUCCAGAUGUGCUGUUGGGCUCAACCGAUUACUCCACAUCACUAGAUAUGUGGGGCGUUGGAUGCAUCUAUACAGAGAUGAUAUCUGGCCUCGCAACCUUUCCCGGUAUGAAGGAUGCCUUCGAUCAGCUGGAUAAAAUAUUCAGGGUGCUGGGGACACCAACUGAGUGUACAUGGGAGGGAGUGUCCAAGUUCCCUCACUAUGAUACAAAAAAGUUUGGUGUAUUUGUGCGUCAGCCACUGUCAUGUUGUAUACCCAAGCUGUCCUUUGUGCAACAUGCUGAAGAUUUAGCUGAUAAGUUAAUACAGAUGGAACCAUGUCGGCGUCUGUCCGCGAAGAUAGCGAUGAAACAUGAGUACUUCCGGGACCUGCCACCAAAGAUACAUGACCUCCCAGAUGCUGCCUCUGUGUUCAACAUUCCUGGGCUGAAAAUGCUGCCAGAGAUGGAUGAAGUGGUCUCCAAGAAACCCACUGGACGCAGCGGGAUACGGACAACGCUCAAGGCAAAGCAAGUAGAUGUACACCCGAAGCAAUCAGCAUGAGACUAGAGAAGAUUAACAGUAGCCUGUAUAACCCUAUGAGAGGACUUCCGAGUGUAUUAUAAACUGUGUGUUAACAGGGUGUUAACGAGUGUGCUAACCAGUGAGAGUGUGGAGAGAGAGAGAGUGUUCAGUUUUCACUGUGUGUUCAUGUUGUUCCUGUUUGUAACAAGACAAAAACUUCUUGUACAUAGAUUUGUAGACUCGGGAGAAGACAUCUGCUAAAACUUCUUUUGUAAACUGGAGAUGAUCGAACCAGUAAGAAUUCCUUUCUUGACAUGAAAUACUUGAAUUUAACUUGAUUUUGAUACUGAAAAAAUACUGUUUGUAAUCAUAUGAUGAUUACAAUUUAGUAUUGACAUUGAGCUUGAGUAGUUUUGACCUUGUACUUAAUGAUGUCAUAGUUGGAAAGAUUACACUUUUGACUUUCAUUGAACUAAAUGACAUUAUUGAAAACAAUAAAUAAGUAACAUGACACUUUGUCUAAAUGUUCAGUAAAAUCGGUCUAAAUUUCAAGGUGGUUUCAAUGUGUGUGUAAAAUCACGGUGGGUAUUCAAGAGGUUUGAGGAUUUGUCUUCUCCCUUUGUAAAUACAAGACUGCAGAACAAUCCAGCCAAAAAACUGUUGCUACAUUCCCACCCUCGUCAGUGUCUAGAUGGUAGGCAGCUGUCUGUCUGUAUGUACAUGCAUCUGUUUGUCUGGCCAUGCGUCUGGUUUGUAGCUGCAAGAAAUGGGAGGGGGCGCUCUCUGUUGUCAGCCAUUUGUGUUGAGACACUGACAUAUUGGUGGGAAGACCCAUCAUUCAUGUUAUCAUGGAUACGGACACUUUUGAUGACAACGCAGAAAAAAUUAGUUCUGAUACAAACUCAAAACUCAAGCAGGUUUUAUCAGAGAAUCUGGAUUUUCAUUCUCUCCUACUAGGGAAAGAUUCCUGUGGAAAUCAGAUGUGCUAAAUACUCUCUUUGGGAAAGUGUUGAAACUUGUCUCUCCAAACAAAUAAUAUGCUUUAAUGUAAGAUCUUAGUUUGUUUUCACAUUUGUCAUUAAAUCUGUUUGUAUUCUACCAUACUCUGUCCACAUAUUUAUCAGAAGCAACGACCCACCUUCCAUCACCAAGGUAUUCUUACUUGCUGAUUGGUCACAACAUGUAUCAAGCAGUUCUGUUGGCUUGAUGUGUUCUUAAUUUGUUCAUAACCAGUUGUGUCGGUUUAUUUCAUUGGUCAGACUUCACAUUAAAAACACCAAAUCAAAGUCAUGUCACAGUAGGUUUUUAACAGAGUCUCUCAUUGGUAGAACAAUCCAUGUUUAAAGCUAAGACUGUUUGAUAUGGAUGUUGAUAUGAUGAUUGAAAAUAUACGAAGGUGAAGCUUCAUCGGUUAGUUGUGAUUGUUUAGGAUCUUCACAAUACACCUUAGUUUUGUGUAUGGAUUCCAUCAGUGCAGCAGUUUGUCUUAGAGUCCUAGGAUUCCUGUAACUCUGCCAUAUCAGAUCUAGGGACAUUCUCACAAGGGAGUAAAUAUCUUGUUCAGGUUUUACAAAUAUUAUUUUCUCACAAAGAACUGCAAAAUGGAUGAGAUAUGAAUGAUACUCAAUCAUGGAAGAAAGGAUAAAUUUCAGAGAAACUAUAUGUCAAAUAGAUAAUCAUGACUAAAUCAAUUCUGUGUAAUUCAACAAUGUGUAUGUUGGUGUAUGUUAAAUGACAGAACUUUAAAUUGAUGUGAAUGUUUAUGGGUCAAAUGAUCCUGUAAAAUUGAUGGUCCAGGUAUCAGAACAAUCAAAUUAGGGGACCAUAUUGCUCAGAAAUGUUGGGUUAUUUGUUUUAUCAGAUGCAAAUAACUCGGGGGGCCCCUGGCUAUCUGAAGCGGUGAAUGAUAUUUCAUGUUUUGAAGUGUUUCUCAUCCCCAGCAAGUCCCAUAUUACUAUAUGCUAAAAAAUAUAGGAAAACGUUUUAUGUCUACCCAUUUAUCCUCUUAUUCAAAAUAUUGUCCUCUCUGAACAAUAAAUAAAUUAAUGUUUUUCCUGUUUUGAAAAACAAACACAACAAAUUUCUUGUUGUUGGAUGAGAAGUUACUCUCCCUUGCAACGUUGUGUUUUGAACCCUCAGCCCCGAAACAGCACCUGGCUAAGCACAAUAACAAUGCCAUGAAUUUUUUAUAAAAGCACAUGCACUUUUGGAAAAUGUCCACAAAGUUUUUUGUGUUCUUUUCCCUAACUUGCUUGCUCUGAAGCUAAGCUUGGAGAUGAGAAACACACAAGAUAAUAUAUAGGUGGGUUAAUAUGUGAAGACGUACUACAGUGUGUAGAUUAGACACUGAGGUUUGGCAGUUCAACAAUUCCUUCUCAAUGAUAGAUUUGACCAACAGAACUUAGAAAGGUUGUCUAAGUCUUUUUACAACACAAUGUGAAUGCCUUUUACAAUAUGAAGUGCAUUUUGUAUUAUUGUCCCCACUACUACACAUGGAGAAUGUUUUAAAGAUUGUGCUAUUUUGUACAAAUGUUGAUCAGUCUUAUGACAAGGCUAAUUUUUUAUACCCCUUUUACAGCAUAGUGAUACAAUCCUUUUAGAUAGGCUAUUUAUAUGUCCCAUGUAUAGAACCCCUGUCGGCCGUGUUUUGUAGACGUCACAAGUGCAAGGCAGAGAGGGAGGUAUAUUAUAGGCACACCACAAGCAUAUGGAUGGUAUUGCAGUGUUAAGCAAUACUCACUCACUGGCUGUGUGAUAUCAGAAUGAAAGUAUUGUGAGUGUGUUGUUAUACAAGACUGACAAUAUUUAGAACUUUAAGAUCAUAUUGUAGAGCAUCUUCUAUUUCUGCAGGGCUAGCAUUUUGGUAAACCUACACUUAUCCCUGGACCCAUCCUCGUGGUUCUUGCAAUCUCAAAUUACUUGCCCUUGAUUUCCUUAAGCCGGUUUGAUUGGCUAUGCCACAAGGUCUAAUGUCCCACUCAGAAUGCAAGUUACAAACCAGGCUCAAUGUUGGUUUUUCUGAUAUCAACAACAUAGUGGCCAUACCCACUAAUUGCAGUGAUGUUUGCAAAAAAUUCAACAUUUAAAAACUGACUUGCUGACGAAAGGAUGUCUUCGUGUCAAUCAAAACUAGUGGUGGCUUUGGUUUCUGGGCAGUAGGAGUUACCUCCCUUGCCCAUUUUCUUUUUCCUUAUCUUGACGUAUAAUUUGUCGGAAAAUCAAGGGCAGGUAAUUUACGAUUGCGAGAACCACUUGGAUGGGUCCAGGGGUUAGUGUAGGUUUACCGAAGUGCUAGCCUA